AGAAGAUCGAUGAUGGAUAAUAGGAGACAAGAUAACAUAAUGUCGGGACUUUUUUUUGUGCACAAAUGACCCGAAAUAUCUAAUCUAUUCAAAUAGUACUUGAAAUUUACGUUAUAAUGUUUCUGUUGAAAACUACAUGCAUGAAUCAUUUUUGUUUAUUUUAAAUGAAUAUUAACUCAUCAUUCAAAGAAAAACAAGACAAUAUAUUUAUUUUGAUAAAUAAUCAUUGACAAACGAGAGAUCUUUAUCAUGCAGUCCAGAAAACUCAUAUGAUGCAGACUCAGUCAGCACAUAUAAAUUGAGUGGUAGUUUUUCUUACCAGUCCAUCAAGCCGCCAGCCGUUCGACAGUAUACAUCAAGGAAAAUCAUCAAAAAUUAAUUUAUUAAUUUUUCAAGCUAAUAAAAUUUAAUAUUGUUAGUGAAAUGUCUGUGAUCAAACGUUUGCUUGAUAAAAAUCUACCAAUGAUGCCAGCCAACUCAGUAGCUGCGGGUAUAUUUAUGUUAACCAUAGCAUACAGUCUUAUUUGUCCUGGCUCGAGUGUAAUUCCUUCAAAAAAUACUACUAGUCUUGACUUGUCGAACAACCAACUGAUUUAUCUUGAGUCAGAUAUUUUUAAUAAUUUAUCAAAGCUGGAAAUUCUUAAAAUAGACAAUAAUAAUCUUACGUUAUUGCCAAGAUAUAUAUUUAAUGGUCUCGAAAAACUUAAGUAUCUAACUUUAUCUUCAAAUAGACUAAAUCAUCUUGAGCCAAGUACUUUUAAUGGUUUAUCAAAACUCAAAUAUCUUUAUAUGAAUAAAAAUGAAUUAACAACAUUGCCAAAUAAUAUAUUUAAUGGUCUUGAAAAAUUAGAAGAUCUAUAUUUAAAUGGAAACGGACUAAAUCAUCUUGAGCCAAAUACUUUUAAUGGUUUAUCAAAACUCAUACGUCUUGAAUUAGAAUAUAAUAAUUUAACAACAUUGCCAAAAGAUAUAUUUAAUGGUCUUGAAAAACUUGAGUAUCUAUCUUUAUCUUCAAACAGACUAAAUCAUCUUGAGCCAAGUACUUUUAAUGGUUUAUUAAAUCUUAAACAUCUUUGGAUGGAAGAUAAUCAUUUAACAACAUUGCCAAAAGAUAUAUUUAAUGGUCUUGAAAAAUUAGAAGAUCUAUAUUUAAAUGGAAACAGACUAAAUCAUCUUGAGCCAAAUACUUUUAAUGGUUUAUCAAAACUCAUACGUCUUGAAUUAGAAUAUAAUAAUCUAACAACAUUGCCAAAAGAUAUAUUCAAGGACCUUGAACAACUUUUUUACCUAGGUUUACGUUAUAAUCGACUAAAUUAUCUUGAGCCAAGUACUUUUAAUAAUUUAUCAAAACUCAUACGUCUUGAAUUAGAAUAUAAUAAUCUAACAACAUUGCCAAAAAAUAUAUUCAAGGGCCUUGAAGAACUGAAGAACUUAGAUUUAAGUUAUAAUCGACUAAAUUAUCUUGAGCCGAAUACUUUUGAUGAUUUAUUAAAACUGAAUGGUCUUAAUUUAGAAAAAAAUAAUCUAACAGCAUUGCCAGAAAAUAUGUUCAAGGGUCUUGAGAGACUAAAGUACCUAGAGUUAGCACAUAAUCGUCUGAAUAAUCUUAACUCAGGUAUUUUUAAUAAUUUAUCAGAGCUGACAAGGCUAAAUAUAGGAUCUAAUCAUUUUACGACAUUGCCAAGAGGUAUAUUUAAUGGCCUUGAAAAAUUAAAAGUCUUAUUUUUAAAUGGAAACAGACUAAAUCAUCUUGAGCCAAAUACUUUUAAUGGUUUGUUAAACCUCAUGAAGAUUGAUUUAUCAGCAAAUAAUCUAACAGCAUUUUCGAAAGAUAAAUUCAAGGGUCUUGAAAAUGUAGAAAUCUUAAUUUAAUAUUCAAAUUUAGAAAAAUAAUUCUACAGCAUACUUUAAGGUAAUGAUAGUUGUUCUUGAAAGAUAAAAAUUUCAUUGACUUUAAUUGGCUCUAAACACGAUUAGAAAAUUAUACAAAUGAAAAUUUUUAAAAAUAUAAAUACUAAAUAAUAAUUGGUACCAUGAUGAUAUGAUGAAAUUAUUUUAUAUUUUAAUUUUAUAUUCAACGCACAAUUGUUGAUAUUAUUGUUCAUAAUUAAUCAUUAAAAUUUUUGUAAUAGUUUUUUCAAUUUAUCAAUUGUUUAUUAAUAUUAUUUUUAUUUUUUUUUUGACAUUCAAUGUACUUGUUGAUUACAAAAAUACAACUGUAUCAAACAUUUUGGUACUUUUUUACAAAUAAAAAUAAAUUACAUCAGAAAUAUACAAUAA